CAGCUGUCUGUUUUCCUCGCUCGUUUCGUUUUCUUCCUCUCCAAAAUUUAACAUUUUACAGACAAAAAAAUUAAUGGCGUAAAAAAAUGUGCAUAUAUAUAACGUCGGCAAUAUCAGAUUGGAAAUCUGGAAAUGGAUGAACCGUGUGAUCGUAUGCGAGUCACAGAAAAAGAGAGAGAGAGAGAGAGAGAGAGAGAGAGAGAGAGAGAGAGAGAGAGAGAGAUGCUUUGACCCAAAUUGACCGAGAUAUGUAUAAUGGACAGCGUGAGAGGGAGGACGACAUAUCCCGCCGUUAUCAUUAUUAAUGGCAGCAGCGUUAAAAUCGAGGAUGCGAACGAUGUUUUAUGCUAAGUACUCAAUCGUCAACCAAAUCACGAAACCUAUUAAAUGGACCUACCACCGAUAUUCGCGUUGAUGUUUGUUCAUCACGGCGCGGAACAAUGACCAUAUCGGGGUCCGGUUUUUGUAAAGGUGUGUACGCUUUAAAAGCCCAUCCGCAAAUUCAUCGGUCAUCAGUUGUAUUCCACUAUUCAAAUUGGAAAUGUCUCGAUUGUGUUACGAUUCACAAUACAAAACGGGCUUCGCGCAGAUAUAUCGAUGGUUUUUCUUUGUCAGCGCGAUAUUCUUGAGAAACUUUGCUGAGGGAUUAGAAUCUCGGGACGCGGUUUUUGUAAAUUUCCAUCGCAAAUACAACAUUUCUAAAGUGGCGGUACUCCACGAUGGUUAUUUACCUCCAGCUUCGAUUCCGGAUUUCUCUUUGCCGGAGGUAAUUGAUAAUAGAAAUGUAAUAGGAACGAACGAGACCAGAAACUAUCCCAAUGUAUUGUACCAUCCCCCUGAUCGGGAUUCCUUGCGAGCUCUCACGCGCAAGGGUUUACAAGACAUGAGAUAUCUGGGGGACACCGGGUUACAGGCACCUCAACAUCAUCGACCCCAACAUCGUCGACCCACUUUUUCGCAAGGCAAACAUUCUCGACAGACAACCCAGUUUCCUCCUCCUGCUCCUUCUCUUCCUGCUGUCGGUGAAACACCGGCCUCCUUGGCAAAUCGCAUCAAUGUAGAAGAGAUGUCUUGUCAAAACACAGGAGACGAAUUGUUCUUCAGAGCAUCCAUCAAAGUACCGAGAAACUCGGCUCCGCCGGUGAUAGAUAAUGUGAUGCGUGAAACCUGUCAAGUGAUAGCUGUUAGGGAUUCUUAUCACAUUAAUUUUGAGAGGGAUCAAGUCUGGGAUUGCGGGGUCGUUGAUUGUUCCGCGGAGGGUAACCGAUCGUACUGUCUCGAGCUGAGAUUUCCAAUGAUUUCCGGUCUACGUUUGAGAGAUGAUCACAGGGUGAUGUUACGAUGUAAAACACAGGAUAAGAUCGCGUAUCACACAAAGCGAAUCAACGUGAAAACUCUGGAAGUGAAAACGAGAAAUGUUCCGAGUAUGCUCAACGGCGGUUCCAAGAACGCUCUGGACGUGGAUGUGGGACUGUUUAGAAAGACUUACAACUCGGAAAACAUUUUCGACAUAAGGAUACAAUCAGGCGGCACUGUUGUUCUCGGCGAGGAGAUUCUGCUGCGCGUGUUAGUCAACGGUGACGACGGCUGGCGACAUUCUAAGAUUGGUCAAGUGACGAUGCACUAUGUGGAAGAGAGACAGCAACAGAAAGUUGUCAACAGUUUGUGGAUCCUGGACAAGGAUGGUUGCUUAAAUUCGGACGUACACGAGAUCUGUCCUCGAGAACAGUACAUGGCAUCGUCAUUGGAGAGCUAUCUAAUUUUCCAGGCAUUCAUGUUCGAUGGCAUGAAGGAGACUGACGAAAUUUCUCUCACCGUGAAGGCGAUGGCGUGUCUGGAGCCUGUGGAUUGCGUUCUGGAUUGUCCUGCCGGUCAUAUUAGACGCGCCAGGAAUGUUCCAGAUCGAAACAGCACCGUCGAGUGGCAGGAUGACAUAAUCCUGCGUGUGGUUCUUCCAAAAUACGAAUUACGCAUUUCGCAAAAUUAUUAUUUAGCGAUCUUAUUGUUAAUAAUGGCAUUACUCGCGCUAAUCGCAAUAUUACGGAUCAUUAAAACUUCGCUUCGUCGAAGAACAAUAAAAUCCUGAAUAAUUUCAAAUGUUUAAUAAAAAAAAAGUGUAAUAGUCACUGCUAAUAU